UGUACUAGUUAGUUGAGCUACCGCCCGGGGGCGCCGCUCCAGUCACUCUGCAGCUGCCGGUUUUCAGUGAGAGACCGGGAGACGCGGCGGCUGCAGCUCGGGACCGCUCACAGGGAAAGCGGCAGCUCCCGUGCGCACCCUCAGCCCGAGCCGGGCCGGUGCAUGGGGUGAGAUUAACCGGCAGGAGCUGUCCGCCACCGGGGGAGGGAAUCAGCCGGAGAAGAGGCUUCCUGUCCGCCGAGAGCUCCCUCAGCCCCGGAUCCCGGACUCGGGAUGGAGCCGAGCGGCUGAAGGAAACGGGAAAGAAGAGGAACAACUCCAGGAGCGGAGUGUUCGGAAAUGGGAGAGCAGCCAAUCUUCACCAGCCGGGCACAUGUCUUCCAGAUUGACCCAGCCACCAAGAAGAACUGGGUCCCGGCUGGAAAACAAGCUCUCAGCAUUUCCUAUUUCUAUGAUGGGACGAGGAACAGUUAUCGCAUCAUCAGUGUGGAUGGAGCCAAGGUGAUUAUAAACAGCACGGUCACCCCAAACAUGACCUUCACAAAAACGUCUCAGAAGUUCGGACAGUGGGCAGACAGCCGGGCAAACACUGUCUUCGGCCUGGGCUUCUCAUCGGAGCAACACUUAACCAAGUUUGCAGAGAAGUUUCAGGAAGUUAAAGAGGCAGCGAAACUGGCGAGAGAUCGUUCACAGGAGAAAACUGAAACAUCGAGUAAUCAUUCCCGUGAGUCCAGCCAUGAAAUUCCAACUUCUCCACAAGCAUCGAGUGUAAACGGAACUGAUGAUGAAAAGGCAACUCGUCCUGCUGCCAUCGAAACCCUCCUGAAGAAUGACAAUGACCGCAUCAAACUAGUCUCAGCUCAAGGAUCCACUGCUACCAACAAGUGGGAACAGGAACUCCAGAGCUUGGGAGAGAACAAUGCUCGACUCAGCAUCGCGUUACAGGAGUCAACAAAUAAUGUAGAACAUUGGAAAAAACAACUGUUGGAGUGUAAGGAAGAAGGAGAUAGACUCCGGCAGAAGAUUGUGGAGCUAGAGGGUCAAUGCGCUGACUUCACUGAAGAGAAAGAGCGAAACACACGUCUGAGUCGGAUUGUGAAGGAGCUGGAGGCUGACAUUAAUGAAAAGGAGUUGGAGAGGCUGAGGGAAGACGUGCAGCUUAUCCCUCAGCUAAUGGAGCAGUGUGAGGAUUUACAGAAACGACUACAGGCUGCUGAAAAUACAAACAAGGAGCUGGAAAACAAAACAAAAUCAUUAAAAUCAAACAUUGAAGAAAGUCGACAUAAACAGGGCAAUCUGAAGAAAGAACUAACGUCGUUUCUGGAAGUUCUCGAUGGAAAAAUUGAUGAGCUACACGGCUUCCGACAAGGACUGGCCAAAUUGGGGAUGGAUAACUGAGGCUGGGGUGGGGGAUGUUGCAGGGGGCGGGGGAGGGGUUCAACAGGGACUGACAUCCAAAGUGUUCCACGUGUGGCUGCUGCUCACCUGUACCCAAGAGUCAGAGAGUCACCUGACUGAACCUUGCUGUUGUCUUUUCACAGGAUUGUCCUGACUUCUGAGGGCAGGGGGGGCUGAGGGCUGAGAGU